UUUUUCCUUGUUUUGACGGUCAAUUCAAUAUAAACAGAAUGAAUCAGUGCAAAAUUGUCUGCAGAAAACCGAAAUUAUACUGAGUCUUCUUUAUAAAGCAAACCACUGAAAGUACUUUGUAUUAAAGAAAAGUGAGCAGCAUUAAUUCAUCAUCAGUAUGGCCUUCAUAUCUAACGACGUAUCGAUUAGCGACGAACCUAGGGAUCUCUUGUUCGAAAAGCACAUUGAGUAUAUUGCCAAUCACGGGAAUGAUAAAAAUGACUACGAGUAUUGCAUGACGGAGUUUCUUCGGAUGUCUGGCAUUUACUGGGGCGUAACGGGGCUGGACCUGAUGUACAAACUGGACCGUGUGAAUCGAAAGGAGAUUGUCGAUUUUAUCAAGAAGUGCCAGUGUCCGACGAGCGGAGGCAUUUCGGCUUGCGAGGGACACGACCCGCACAUUCUGUAUACACUGAGCGCGGUUCAGAUUCUGUGCAUCUAUGAUUGUCUGGAAGAGAUCGACGUGGGGGCCAUUGCCCGAUAUGUGUGCUCGCUGCAACAGUUGGACGGUAGUUUCUUCGGGGACAAGUGGGGCGAGGUGGACACUCGGUUCUCAUUCUGCGCAGUAGCUAUUCUGAGUUUGAUUAACAAGAUGGAUGUGAUCGAUCAGGAAAAAGCAGUCAAUUUUGUUAUGUCUUGUUGCAAUUCGGACGGGGGUUUUGGUUCCAAACCAAACGCGGAAAGUCAUGCUGGGCUCAUCUACUGCUGUGUAGGAUUCCUUUCGAUCACCGAUCAGCUGCAUCGGCUGGACUGCGAAAAGUUAGCCUGGUGGCUGUGCGAACGUCAGCUGCCCAGCGGAGGACUGAAUGGCAGACCGGAGAAGCUGCCGGAUGUUUGCUAUUCCUGGUGGGUAUUGGCAUCGCUCACCAUCAUGGGUCGAUUGCACUGGAUCAGCGCUGAAAAAUUGGAAAAGUUCAUACUUUCCUGCCAGGAUGCCGAAACAGGUGGAUUUUCGGAUCGUACCGGAAACAUGCCAGAUAUUUUUCAUACCCUAUUCGGCUUGGGGGCUCUAUCGCUACUCGGAGACGAAAGAUUACGGAAGGUGAAUCCUACGUUUUGUCUGCCACAAUACGUAAUCGAUCGCUGCAAUGUCAAGCCAAAAAUUAUCACCACUUGAGAAACCUUUUUGAUUUUAGACACAGAGACAUUUAUUUGAACAAUUUCUAUGUUUUGACAUUAACUACAUCAGAAAAUCCAUUAUAUGUUUAAUAUAAGCCAAACGUUUUGUGGAUGAAA